AUGUCAGCUGCAGAAUCAUUUGGCGACUCAUUAAAUGCUGUGAUCAAUUCACCAGAAGCUGUACAAAUAAUUCAACAACAAGAAAUAAUGCUUAGUAAAUUUGAAAAAACAAAUGAAAUGCUUCGUACAGUCUCUGAACUCUCUGAAGGAAGAUAUCGUAUUCUAUGCCAAGAGUUGAAUACGCAUACAAAAACUAUUCUAUCUUUGAAAAAAGAAAUGAACGAUGUGUUUAAACGUAUUCGAUCCAUCAAGAAACUAUUGGCCACCUAUUUUCCAGACGAUAUGGAAAGACUUAGCCAACAGCUGGCUAGCAGGAAUAAUACUGAAGAUGCAGGCGAUGACUGUAAUCCUGUACUACACAAUGCUGUUAGUAGUCGAUUGUCAGAAGCAUGUACAAUUCCUAAAGCGAUGGAGACAGUUUGUGAAGACUCUUCUUUAGAAUGA